UCUCUUCUCCUCCAUUGACGUUUCUCUGAAAGUCUUUCUCUCUCCCCCAAAAGAAAAAAAAAAAAAAAAGAAAGUUUCUCUAUUGUUUCUCCUCCAAAACAUUUGUAAUCUUCCCAUGGGACCUUUAAGAUCGAUCUAACGGAAAGCUAACCUUUCAUUGCUCUUGUCCCAUGGGAAGCUGUGUAUCGGCGCCUGCGAAAGCAGACGACCAUAAGAAACAAAAGGGCAUCAAAAUCGAAAGGCCUCGUAGGAAAAAAGCUCCUCGUUCAAUCUCUAUACUCGACAGUCCAGAUGGCAAUAACAUCUACGAAAAGUAUCGAAUCGGGAAGGAACUGGGUCGGGGUGAGUUUGGAAUCACCCACCAGUGUUUCAAUUUGGAGACAGGAGACACCUUUGCAUGCAAAAUGAUAUCAAAGAGCAAGCUGAAGACGGAGAUCGACAUCGAGGAUGUUAGGAGGGAAGUGCAGAUCAUGAGGCAUUUGCCGGAACAUCCUAACAUCGUCACCUUCAAAGAGGCCUAUGAAGACAAAGAGAAUAUUUAUCUUGUAAUGGAGCUCUGUGAAGGUGGUGAGCUCUUUGAUAGAAUUGUUAGCAGGGGUCAUUACACUGAGCGUGCUGCUGCCAAAAUGACCAAGACCAUUAUUGAGGUUUGCAAGGUAUGCAAGACACAUGGAGUCAUACAUCGAGAUCUAAAACCUGAGAAUUUCUUAUUCAAAGAUAAAAGUGAAGGUUCAGAGUUGAAAGCAAUUGAUUUUGGCCUCUCUAUAUUCUUUGAAUCAGGUCAGAGAUUUAGUGAAAUUGUUGGAAGUCCAUAUUAUAUGGCACCGGAGGUUUUAAGACGAAAUUAUGGGCCUGAAGUGGAUGUUUGGAGUGCAGGAGUAAUCCUUUAUAUACUUCUUUGUGGAGUUCCUCCAUUCUGGGCGGCAACUGAGGAAGGAAUCGCACAUGCUAUCAUUCGUGGUAAAAUUGAUUUUCAAAGGGACCCUUGGCCUAAGGUUUCAAAAGAAGCAAAAGAAUUGGUGAAGAGCAUGCUUGAUCCUAAUCCUUACACCAGACUAACUGUUGAUGAAGUCCUCGAACAUCCUUGGAUACGUAAUGCGGAUCAAGCACGUGAUGUUUUCCUAGGAGAACAUGUCAGAAUGAGGAUCAAACAAUUUUCAUUGAUGAAUAAAUUUAAGAAAAGAGUUCUUAGAGUGGUCGCAGAUAACUUACCAGAUGAACAAAUAGACGGAAUUAAACAAUUAUUCAACAUGAUGGACAUUGACAAAAAUGGAAACUUGUCAUUUCAGGAGCUCAAAGAUGGUCUCACCAAGAUAGGUCAUCCUGUUACCGAUCCUGACGUGCAGAUGUUAAUUGACGCCGCGGAUGCUGAUGGAAAUGGCACAUUGGAUUGUGAAGAAUUUGUUACAAUUUCAGUUCACCUAAGAAAAAUUAAUAAUGAUGAACAUCUGCCUCAAGCUUUUAAUUAUUUUGACAAGAACAAAUCUGGAUAUAUCGAGUUUGACGAGUUGAGAGAAGCAUUGUUAGAGGACAAUCUUGGCCCCGACAACGAACAGGUGAUCCAUGACAUUAUAUUUGAUGUCGACUUGGAUAAGGAUGGUCGCAUAAGUUACGAAGAAUUUAGAGAGAUGAUGAAAACUGGCAUGGAUUGGAAAAUGGCUUCACGCCAGUAUUCUAGAGCAUUCCUCAAUGCACUUAGCACCAAAUUGUUUAAAGACAAACCAUCACAGGCAAAAAGAUGAAUGUAAUAAUUAGUUCAAAGGUAAGAAAAGGAUAGAGAAAAUACCUUAACGAAAACCGUUUUUUGUUGAAUAUAAUUCUUUCCAAAACAAUGAGGUACUAAAUGACUAUAUAAGCACAUCACAAUGGCGUGUAAUGUCUUUGUAGAGGCGGUUUAUCUAGUUACAAUAUAUAUAUAUAUAUAUAUAUUAUAUAAAAGUUAAAA